GGGGGGGGAGGCGUCAUGUGCACGCCCUUUUUCAUCAGCCCGGGACAAGUGAGUAAGAGGCACUUCACUGCAUCUCAGUCCCAAGAGCUCCAUCUGGCCGGCUUCAUGAGGGGCUGGACACACCAGCCAGGACCGUGCGUCACAAUGCACCUCCAACUUCUCCUCAUUAUAACUUUAUGCAUGCUUCAUUGCGAUUGUCAAGGUUCAGGUUGUGAGGCGGGGUCUUUCCGCUGUGGGACAGGCCGUUGUAUUCCAGCAAGCCAGAGGUGCGAUGGAACAACCGACUGUUCGGAUAACUCGGACGAAAUUGGCUGCCCCCAGCCCACCUGCGAGAGCGCUCAGUUCCAGUGCUUGAGUGACGGCGAGUGCAUUCCUCAGCACUGGGUCUGCGAUGAUGAAGAGGAUUGCGAGGAUGGCUCCGAUGAAAGGCAGCACUGCCCUGGCAGGACGUGCUCCAGUUCACAGUUCACCUGCACGAACGGGGCAUGCAUCCCGGGAGGAUACAGAUGCGACCGUGUACCUGACUGCCUAGAUGGCGCAGAUGAGAGAAACUGCCUCUACCCAGAGUGCUCGGAGCUGAGGUGUGCUAACGGGGCGUGUUAUAACAGAAGCCAGCGCUGUGACCAGGUGCUCAACUGCCGAGACGGCUCAGACGAGGCCAACUGCACCCAGCGGUGCAGCAGCGGUCUGUUUCAGUGCAGUAACGGGGAGUGUAUUCCUCGCGGAUACAUCUGCGAUCAUGACGAUGAUUGUGGAGACAGAAGUGAUGAACAGAACUGCACCUACCCAACCUGCAGAGGAACGUACUUCACCUGUCCCAGCGGCCGCUGCAUCCAUCAGGUCUGGCUGUGUGAUGGAGAGGAUGACUGCGAGGACAAUGCGGAUGAGAGAGGCUGUGAUAAUGUCCAGCGUGAGUGUUAUCCCGGGGAAUGGCCGUGUCCUUCUUCUGGUGUUUGCAUCCCUCUGGAGCAUCUCUGUGACGGGACGGCACACUGUCCGGACGGAGAAGACGAAACCAACACCACUGCUGCACGCAACUGCAGUAUCUGGCGCUGUGCGUCUCUGAGCUGUGAGCAUCACUGUCACUCCUCUCCUGACGGAGGAACCUGUGUCUGUCCGCAGGGAUACAUGGUCAGCAGAAACGACAGCCGCUCAUGCAUUGAUUAUGAUGACUGUAGUCUGUGGGGCAUGUGUGACCAGCUGUGUGAGGAUCGGACCGGAAGCCAUCGCUGCAGCUGUCGGGACGGUUACCUUCUGGAGCAGCACAGAUACUGCCGCGCAAAUCCCUCAUCUGGGGUGCCUUCGCUUAUAUUCUCCAACGGGAGAGACUUGCUGAUUGCUGAUGUCCACGGACACAAUGCUCAAACCCUGGUCGAGUCCCAGAACCGAGGAGUUGCUGUUGGUGUGGACUUCCAUUUCCAGCUGCAAAGAGUCUUUUGGACCGACACAAUCCAAAACAAGGUGUUUUCCGUGGAUAUGGACGGGUCACAUUUGCAGGUGGUGCUGAACGUAUCCGUGGACUAUCCUGAAAACCUGGCCGUGGACUGGGUGAAUAACAAGCUGUACGUGGUGGAGGCCAGCGUCAACAGAAUCGACAUGGUGGACUUGGACGGGAGCAACCGGGUCACACUGAUCGCCGAGCACCUGGGCAACCCGAGAGGUCUCGCGCUUGACCCGACCGUGGGGUACCUUUUCUUCUCUGACUGGGAUACUUUGAAUGGGGAACCGGGUUUGGAGAGGGCCUACAUGGAUGGGACCAAUCGCUAUGGGAUCAUCAGAACCAAACUCGGCUGGCCUGCUGGGAUUACUUUGGACCUUGAAGCUAAAAGAGUGUAUUGGGUGGACAGCCGUUACGAUUAUAUUGAAACCACCACUUAUGAUGGCUUGCACAGGAAAACCGUGGUCCAUGGUGGUUCUGUGAUUCCUCAUCCGUUUGGCAUUACUCUUUUUGAGCAUUCGGUCUACUACACUGACUGGACCAAGAUGGCCGUUAUGAAAGCUAAUAAAUACAGCGACAACAGCCCACAAGAGCUCUACAGGACCUCUCAGAGACCACAUGGCCUGACUGUGGUCCAUGCAUACAGACAGCCCUUUGUAAGUAACCCGUGUGGCACGGCUCGAGGAGGCUGUGAACACAUCUGUGUUCUGAGUCACAGAACUGAUAACGGCGGUCUGGGAUAUCGCUGCCGCUGCCGGAUGGGUUUCGAUCUGCAUGCUGACGGCAAGAGAUGCGUGUCUGUGAGGCAGUUUCUGCUGUUCUCCAGUCAGCUGGCGGUCAGAGGAAUCCCCUUCAAUCUGUCCACGCAGGAGGACAUCAUUCUCCCCAUCACAGGAACUCCAUCUUAUUUCGUUGGAGUGGACUUCAGUGCUGCAGAUAAUUCCAUUUUCUUCUCUGAUACGGUGAAGGACAUCAUCUACAAACAGAAAGUUGAUGGAACCGGCAGGGAGGUACUAGCAGCCAAUCGGGUGGAUGGUGCGGAAGAUCUUGCUUAUGAUUGGAUAUCGAAGAACCUGUACUGGACGGAUCCACGCUACAGGAGUAUAUCUGUCAUGAAGGUCGCAGAUAAGUCCAGACGAGCCAUUGUACGAAACCUCAACAACCCCAGGUCCAUAGUGGUCCACCCAGUGGCUGGUUAUAUUUUCUGGACUGACUGGUACCGUCCUGCGAAGAUUAUGCGUGCCUGGGGUGACGGGUCACAUGCUCAGUCGAUUGUAAACACCACUCUCGGCUGGCCGAAUGGCUUGGCCAUUGACUGGAGUGCCAUGCGGCUGUAUUGGGUGGACGCCUUCUUUGAUAAGAUCGAGCACAGCAACUUUGACGGACAAAACAGGUUGUCUUUGGAUCGCAUCACUCAGAUCUCCCAUCCGUUUGGACUCACUGUCUUUGGAGGUUAUGUGUACUUCACCGACUGGAGGCUGGGUGGAAUCGUGAGGGUCCGUAAAACAGACGGAGGGGAGAUGAUGAUCAUACGCCGAGGGAUCAGCCACAUCAUGCAUGUCAAAUCCUUCAACGCUGACUCGCAGAUUGGAUCUAAUUUCUGCAACAGGCAAACAAACCCAAAUGGAGACUGCAGUCAUUUCUGUUUCCCAGCGCCAUACUCCCAGCGAGUGUGUGGCUGUCCAUAUGGAAUGAAGCUGGAAGCGAAUCAGCAGACGUGUGUGGACGAUCCAUCCAAUGAGCCACCAACCCUCCAGUGUGGCUCUAACUCCUUCUCUUGCACUAACGGGAAAUGUGUCCCCCAGAGCUACCAGUGUGACGGCGUCGAUGAUUGUCAUGACAACAGCGACGAGGCCAACUGCGGCACUAAUAAUAACACAUGCUCGCCCAUUGCCUUCACCUGUGCCAAUCAGCGCUGUGUGCCCAGAAGCUGGCACUGCGAUGGACACAAUGACUGUUUUGAUGGCAGUGAUGAGAGGGACUGUCCCACCCAAACCCCUGGCACUUGCCAGGCUGACCAGUUCAGCUGUGCCAACCAUCACUGCAUCCCCCGCACAUGGCUCUGUGACACCGACAAUGACUGCGGAGACGGAUCCGAUGAGAACAACUGCGAUUCAAUUGGCACAUGCCACCCUGAUCAGUUCCAGUGUCCGGACCACCGCUGCAUUGACCCCAAUUACGUGUGUGAUGGAGACAGAGAUUGUGCAGAUGGAGCGGAUGAACAGGGCUGUGUGUACAACUGCACAGCGUAUGAGUUUAAGUGUGCAAACGGCCAUCAGUGUGUCAAUUCCUACUACCGAUGUGAUGGAGUCUUUGACUGUAACGAUCGCUCGGAUGAAUCUGGUUGUCCCACAAGGCCGCCUGGCAUGUGUCACCACGAGAGUGAGUUUCAGUGCCAGUCAGACGGCAGUUGUGUUCCCUCAAACUGGGAAUGUGACGGGCACCCAGACUGUGAAGAUGGCUCAGACGAACACCACGCGUGCCCACCGCGCACGUGCCCCACCUCGCAGUUCCGCUGUGAUAAUGGGAACUGUGUUUUCCGUGGCUGGAUAUGUGACGGUGAUAACGACUGUCGGGAUGGCAGCGAUGAGCGAGACUGUCCCACGCCGCCGUUCCGCUGUCCCAGCUGGCAGUGGCAAUGCCCUGGACACAGUGUGUGUGUUAACCUCAGCAGGGUGUGUGACAACACGCCAGACUGUCCCAACGGCGCAGAUGAAUCCCCUCUCUGCAAUGAGCCUUUACCAGAUCAGGAGAGCUGCUCGGAUAACAAUGCCGGCUGCACUCACGGCUGCAUCCAAGGCCCGUUUGGAGCCCAGUGCACGUGUCCUAUGGGCUUCCAGCUGAGUAACGACUCAAAGACGUGCGAGGAUAUUGACGAGUGCCAUCCUCCGGGCAUCUGCAGUCAGCACUGCUUCAACGAGAGAGGCUCCUUCCGCUGUCAUUGUCAGGAAGGAUACACUCUAGAGGCAGACGGACGCACCUGCAAGGCCUCAGGAUCUCGAGAGGCCUUGCUCUUAGUGGCCAGUCGGAAUCAGAUUGUAUCAGAUGACAUCCUCGCACAGCCAAACAUCAUUCGGUCUCUAGUGCGCGAUGGCCGUAAUAUUGUGGCAGUGGAUUUUGACUCUGUUACGGAUCGUAUUUACUGGUCUGACACCACCCAGGACAGAAUAUGGAGCGCUCACAAAAAUGGGACCGACCGCACCGUGAUCUUUGACAGUGGAGUGACUGUUACCGAGAGUCUCGCUGUCGACUGGGUUGGCAGAAACCUAUACUGGACGGAUUAUAUUUUAGAGACCAUAGAGGUGUCCAAACUGGACGGAUCUCACAGAGCGGUGCUGAUUAGUGAAAACGUGACCAAUCCAAGAGGUCUGGUAGUGGACCCUAGAAACAACACACAUCUGAUGUUUUGGACGGACUGGGGCAGAAAUCCUCGUAUCGAGAGAGCCAGCAUGGAUGGGAAAUUAAGGACCACGAUCAUCAGCAGCAAACUUUAUUGGCCUAAUGGCUUAACUAUUGACUACCCCAACAACCUGCUUUACUUUGCAGAUGCUUAUUUAGACUUUAUCGACUACUGUGAUUAUGAUGGAAAGAACCGAAAACAAGUGUUGGCCAGUGAUUUGGUGCUGCAACAUCCCCACGCAAUCACCAUUUUUGAGGAUUUUGUCUAUUGGACAGACAGAUACGUCAACCGUGUGAUCCGGGCCAACAAGUGGCACGGACAGAACCAGACAGUGAUGCUGUAUAAUCUGCCCCAGCCCAUGGGUCUGGUGGCUCUUCAUCCUGCCCGACAGCCUGCAGGUUAUAACCCCUGUGACCCCCGUUCGAGCCCCUGCACUCACAUCUGUCUCCUGUCAGCGAUCGGUCCCAGGUUCUACUCCUGCGCCUGUCCGUCUGGAUGGACUCUUGCCGCUGACCAGUUCACAUGCGCUAGAGUUGAGGAUCCAUUCCUGGUGGUGGUGAGAGACAGCAUCAUUUACGGCAUCCCACUCAACCCGAAUGACAAGAGCAAUGACGCCAUGGUGCCGGUCGCCGGGCUGCUGAAUGGAUAUGAUGUCGAUUUUGAUGAUGCUGAGCAGAUGAUCUAUUGGGUGGAGCAUCCGGGGGAGAUUCAUCGAGUAAAGUCAGAUGGUACCAACAGAACUGAGUUCGCUCCAGCAGCCAUCCUGGGUUCUCCGGUCGGACUGGCUCUGGACUGGAUGUCUCAGAACCUGUACUACUCCAACCCUGCAUCACAGUCUAUAGAGGUUCUCAGGCUGAAAGGAGAGAUUCAGUACAGAAAGACUCUCAUCACUAACAACGGCUCACCUACCGGUGCAGGAGCUCCCACUGGCAUUGCAGUGGAUCCGGCACGUGGAAAGAUGUACUGGACAGAUCAGGGAACAGAGAGUGGGAUCCCGGCCAAGGUGGCAUCAGCAGAUAUGGACGGAUCGAACGCAGCCAUCCUCUUCACCCAUAAUCUGGAACAUGUGGAGUUCAUAACCAUAGACAUCAGAGAGAACAAGCUCUACUGGGCCGUUACAGGAACUGGCGUGAUCGAGCGCGGUGAUCCCGAUGGAUCAAACCGCAUCACUAUGGUGAAUGGACUGUCCCAUCCGUGGGGUGUGGCCGUAUACGACUCCUACCUGUACUUCACAGAUCGAGACUUUGAGGUGAUUGAACGCGUCGACAAAGCCACGGGACUCAACCGGGUCGUAAUGCGGGACAACGUGGCCGGUCUCAGAGUACUCAAAGUGCACUACAGAGACUCCUCAGCAGGCUCGUCUAACGGCUGCAGUAAUAACAUUGGGACAUGUGAGCAGUUGUGUCUGCCUCGUCCCGGUGGUCUGUUCAGCUGCGCCUGUGCGACAGGGUUCAGACUCAGUGCUGAUAACAGAACCUGUUCUCCAUACCAGUCCUACGUGGUGAUCUCUAUGCUCACUGCCAUCAAGGGCUUCAGUCUGGAGGGAGCGGAUCACUCCGAGUCUAUGGUGCCUGUGGCAGGCAGAGGCCGCAAUGCUCUUCAUGUAGACGUGCACAUGCCUUCUGGAUUCAUUUACUGGUGUGACUUCAGCAGCACCGUGGCGUCUCAGAAUGGAAUCCGCCGGAUCAAACCGGACGGAUCUGGAUUCCGCAGUAUCGUCACCUCUGGAAUCGGACGUAAUGGCAUACGGGGCAUUGCUGUCGACUGGGCCGCAGGAAACCUCUAUUUCACCAAUGCCUUCUUGACCGAGACGUACAUUGAAGUGCUUCGACUCAAUACCACGUUCCGUCGUGUGCUUCUAAAGACCCAAGUAGACAUGCCUCGUCAUAUUGUGGUGGACCCCAUGAACAGAUACCUCUUCUGGGCCGACUACGGACAGACACCCAAAAUCGAGCGAGCUUUUCUAGACGGUUCCAACCGGACCGUGCUGGUUUCCUCAGGCAUCAUCACCCCCAGAGGCCUGGCUUUGGACCACCGAGACGGAUACAUCUACUGGGUGGACGAUUCCCUGGACAUGAUCGCACGAGUCCGGCCUGAGGGGGGUGAGACGGAGGUCGUACGGUACGGGAGUCGCUAUCCGACUCCGUACGGCGUCACCGUGUUCGAGGGGAAUGUAAUCUGGGUGGACAGAAACCUGAAGAAAGUCUUUCAAGCGAGCAAACAGCCAGGUGCGACCGACCAGCCGCUCGUGAUCCGAGACAACAUCAACAUGCUGCGGGAUGUUACCAUCUUCGACCGGAGAAUGCAGCCAAGUUCGGCCCACGAGCUCAAUAACAACCCCUGCUUGGAGUCUAACGGCGGCUGCGCUCACUUCUGCUUCGCCAUCCGAGGAUCUCAGACGAGGAAGUGUUCGUGUGCCUUUGGGAAUCUGGCUGCGGAUAGCAGCAGUUGUGUGGUAUCCCGGGAUGACUACCUUAUCUAUACAACCGAAAGUACCGUACGAUCUCUGCGGCUGGAUCCAGAGGAUCAUUCGCUGCCCUUCCCCGUGGUUAACGUGCCCCGGACUUCGGUAGCCCUUGAUUUUGACCGGUUGGACGGCCGGAUCUAUUUCACCCAGAGCUCGGGAGCGGGCCACAGCAAGAUUAGCUUCAUUACUUUGGCUUCACCUACCUCUCCUGCGACAGAGGUGGCCUCAGAUCUGGGAGCUCCUGAUGGCAUUGCCUAUGACUGGAUCAAUAAGAGGAUCUAUUACAGUGACUACAUUAACCAGAGCAUCAGCUCCAUGGCAGUGGAUGGGUCUCAGAGGACUGUUGUAGCACAGGUGCCCAGACCCAGAGCCAUCAUGCUGGAUCCAUGUAGAGGGUAUAUGUACUGGACCGACUGGGGAACCAAUGCAAAGAUAGAGCGUGCAACUCUGGGAGGAAACUUCAGGACAGAGAUCAUCAACACUAGCCUGGUUUGGCCAAAUGGUCUGACACUGGACUAUGACGAACAAAGGCUGUACUGGGCAGAUGCCAGCUUACAGAAGAUCGAGAGAUGCUCACUCACCGGUGCUAACCGUGAGGUCAUCGUAAGCACCGCCAUCUACCCGUUUGCAAUGACAGUGUAUGGUCAACAUAUCUAUUGGACAGACUGGAACACACGCAGCAUCUACCGUGCAAACAAGCAUGACGGCUCCGACCAGAGGGUGAUGCUACAGAACCUUCCAUCGCGGCCCAUGGACAUCCACGUGCUCUCCAACAGCAAACAGCAGCAGUGCAGCAGUCCCUGCGAACAAUUCAAUGGUGGAUGCAGCCAUAUUUGUACUCCAGGUCCUCAGGGAGCAGAGUGUCAGUGUCCCUCUGAGGGCCGCUGGUAUCUGGCCGAUAACAAACACUGUAUCCCUGACAAUGGCACACGCUGUCAGUCGGGCCAGUUCACUUGCAUGAAUGGCCGCUGCAUCCGUGCCCAGUGGAAAUGCGACAACGAUGAUGACUGUGGGGACGGCAGUGAUGAACUCGAGCGGGUCUGCGGAUCCAAGAGUCAUUUCGUUUUUGUCCCACAAGCAGCAGCAUUCAUUUCACUCUCAGCAUUUCACACCUGCGAGCCCACUGUGUUCACAUGUGGAAAUGGUCGUUGUGUGCCAUAUCACUACCGCUGCGAUCACUAUAAUGACUGCGGGGAUAACAGCGACGAGACCGGCUGCCUGUUCCGGCCCUGUGACCCCAACACUGAGUUCACCUGCAAUAACGGUCGCUGCAUUGCACGGGAAUACGUCUGCAACGGAAUGAACAAUUGCUACGACAAUGGGACCUCUGAUGAGCAGAACUGCGCUGAGAGGACAUGUCAGCCAGAGCACACCAAAUGCCAGACCACCAACAUCUGCAUCCCGCGCUCGUACCUGUGUGAUGGAGAUAAUGAUUGCGGUGACAACAGUGACGAGAGCCCAACCCAUUGUGCCACAUCUACUUGUUCCCAGAACGAGUUUCGCUGCUCGAGCGGACGCUGUAUUCCCGGACACUGGUACUGUGAUGGCGGUACAGACUGCAGUGAUGGUUCGGAUGAGCCCGUUACCUGCACCACCGUGGUGAGGACCUGCAACUCUGACCAGUUCCGCUGCGAUGACGGGAGGUGCAUCGCUUCGUCCUGGAUCUGUGAUGGAGACAACGACUGCGGGGACAUGAGCGACGAGGACGAGAGACACAACUGUGCAAACCGUACCUGUUCUCCUCAGGAGUUCACCUGUAUAAAUAACAGGCCUCCUCAGAGGAAGUGUAUCCCAUGGGACUGGGUGUGUGACGGAGAUGCAGACUGUUCGGAAGCAUACGAUGAGCACCAGAACUGCACUCGCAGAUCCUGCUCCGCCAACGAAUUCACCUGCAGCAACGGCCUCUGCAUCCGCAACUCCUACAGGUGUGACCGUCGUAAUGAUUGUGGAGACAGCAGUGAUGAGCAGGGCUGCACCUAUCAGCCGUGCCAACAGCAUCAGUUCACCUGUCAGAACGGCCGCUGCGUCUCGCAGGAUUUCGUCUGUGAUGGGGACAACGACUGCGGGGAUGAAUCCGACGAGCUGGAUCAUCUGUGCAGGACUCCAGCACCCACCUGCCCUCCUGGAAACUUCCGGUGUGACAACGGAAACUGCAUACCUCUCAGCGAGGUGUGUGACCGGAACGACGACUGCAAUGACAACAGUGAUGAGAAAGGCUGUGGCAUCAAUGAGUGCACAGACCCAUCCAUGCACCACUGCGACCACAACUGCACCGACACUCCCACCAGCUUCAUCUGCACCUGUCGCCAUGGUUACCGCCUCAUGUCUGACAACAAAACCUGCGAUGAUGUGGACGAGUGCUCGGUCACGCCCAGCGUGUGCAGCCAGGUGUGCGAGAACACCAUGGGCUCGUACGUGUGCAAGUGUGCGCCAGGCUUCCUCCGCGAACCCGACGGACGCAGCUGCAGGCAAAACAGCAACAUCAGCCCCUACCUGAUCUUCAGCAACCGCUACUAUCUGCGCAAUCUGUCGACGGACGGCGAGGCCUACUCGCUCAUUAUGCAGGGCCUCACCAGCGUGGUGGCGCUGGACUUCGAUCGGGUGGACAGACGCUUGUACUGGAUCGACGUGAGCCGGAGGGUGUUGGAGCGGAUGUUCUUCAACGGGACGGGACGAGAGGUGGUGGUCAAUGGGAUUUUGCACGGCGAGGGCCUGGCGGUGGACUGGGUCGGGAGGAAGCUGUACUGGGUCGACAGCUUUCUCGACUGCAUGAAGGUGUCGGAGCUGGACGGCCGGUUUGUGAGGAAGUUAGCAGAAAACUGUGUGGAUGCUAAUAACACAUACUGCUUCGAGAAUCCCAGAGCCAUCGUUCUGCAUCCAAAGUUUGGAUAUGUGUACUGGACUGACUGGGGGGACAAAGCCUUCAUUGGACGUGUCGGGAUGGAUGGGAAUAACAAGUCGGCCAUCAUCACUACUAAGAUCGAGUGGCCCAACGGUCUCACUAUUGACUACACCAAUGACAAGCUGUACUGGUCUGACGCUCACCUCAACUACAUCGAAUUCUCUGAUCUGGACGGGAAUCACAGGCACACUGUGUACGACGGCGUCCUGCCGCAUCCUUUCGCGAUCACGGUGUUCGAGGAAAGCGUGUACUGGACGGACUGGAACACGCGCACGGUGGAGAAGGGCAACAAAUACAACGGCUCUGGACGGGAAGCGCUCGUCAACACCACACACCGACCGUUCGACAUCCACGUGUGCCAUCCCUACCGCCAGCCCAUAGUGACGAACCCCUGCGCGGUCAAUAACGGAGGCUGUUCUCACCUGUGUCUUCUUCGAGCCGGAGGUCAGGGUUUCACCUGCGAGUGUCCUGAUCACUUCCUUACCAUGCAGAUAGGGGGCGCCGCACGCUGCCUGCCCAUGUGCUCCAGCACACAGUACAGAUGUGCAGACAAUGAACGUGUAUCCCUGUCUGGUGGAAGUGUGACGGUCAGCGGGACUGCAGAGACGGUUCGGAUGAACCCUCCACGUGUCCCGUCCGGCACUGCAGACUGGGCCAGUUCCAGUGUAAUGACGGAAACUGCAGCAGCCCGCACUUCCUGUGUAACUCUAAUCAGGACUGUCCCGAUGGGUCUGACGAGGACACUGUGCUGUGUGCCACACAUCAGUGUGAGUCUCAUCAGUGGCAGUGUGCCAAUAAGCGCUGCAUCUCUGAGGCCUGGCAGUGCGACGGGGAGAACGACUGCGGCGACGGAUCUGACGAGGAUCCCGCUCACUGCUCCAGCAGGACCUGCAGACCCGGACAGUUCAAGUGCAGGAACGGCCGCUGCAUCCCGCAGAGCUGGAAGUGUGACGUGGACGAUGACUGUGGCGACAACUCGGACGAGCCCAUCGACGAAUGCAUGGGUCCGGCGUACAGAUGUGACAAUCACACAGAGUUUGACUGCAGGACUAACUACCGCUGUGUUCCUCUGUGGGCCGUGUGCAACGGACACAACGACUGCAGGGACGACAGCGAUGAACAGAACUGUGAGGAGCUGACCUGUGAGCCGGCGGGUGAUUUCCGCUGUGAUAACCACCAGUGCAUCCCCCUGCGCUGGCGCUGCGAUGGAGACAAUGACUGCGGCGACGGAUCUGACGAACGCAGCUGCACCCCUCGUCCGUGCACAGAG